CAGCAACAUUGUUUUUGUACUAGCGAUAGCGAUAAAUCAUCCAGCUCCAAAACAAGGAAAUAUACCCGUGCGCACAGUUUCCAAACAGUUGAUACGCGUAAGUCCCAAUGAUUGGGCCAACGGUGCGAUUGCAGGGGCAAAAUGCGCAAAACAUGGGUUAAGCGAGACAACAUUUACUACAAGCCGUUCUACAAGCAGAAGCUGAAGCUCACCCUGAUCGGCGUGAUUGGCAUGGGCAUCCUGUUUUUCGCGUACCAGCUCGUGUACAUCAGUCAGUUGCUACCGCUGGAGACGGCUCCGGCGGGACCGAAAUCUCGCCCAUUAACAGCAAAUAGUAAUGAUAAUCCCAUUGCUUCGCCAGAACUGGUGGGACGGGCGGACGCGGCACGGAACGAUGGUGGUGGUCAGCAUGAGCGGGCCCAUCAGCUGGCCGGACCGGAGCUGGCUUCCGUCAAUGGGACGGCGGCGAUCCGGGCAGGGCCGUUGGGUGACACCAAGUUUGCGUACGUGGAGAAAAUAGGAAGCUACGAGCGAAAGAUCCUCCGUGGCAUCCGAUUGUCGGACCUGGACCGCUACUCGGAGCGACCGCAGCUGGUCGCGUUCCGGUGCCUUGCCUCAGGGCGCGAAAUACCUUGGCAGCGGGUGAACGACGACUACUGCGACUGCCCGGAGGACGGUAGCGACGAGCCGAGCACGAACGCCUGCCAGGAUGGUCGCUUCUACUGCCGCUUCCAAAAGCGCCACAACACGGGCCGCGGCACGGAUCUGUUCGUACCGAGCGCCUGGGUUAACGAUGGCGUUUGCGAUUGCUGUGAUGGUUCCGACGAGUGGCUGACCAGCGCCGCACCAGGCCGGCCCGGCGCGUGUCGGAACGUUUGUAAGACUAAAUACUUUUUGUAAGUCUCCCCGUACCUCCCCCCCCUCAUUACCGUAAUGCCACUGUUAGACGGGUGUCGCUUUCGCGCACCGUGAAGGGUAGUUAUUUUUCCAAGAGCCACAGAGAGAGUGAUGGUCGACAUUCUGCGGCCGACAAACUUUCAAACAACAAACCGAAGCAACCGAUGAGAGCUGCAUCCAUCUGAUAGCAUCACACCAUGCCCCCCCUUCCCCCCGCAGCAGUUCACUUACCUAUUCCAUAUCUACGCUAUACUUCUUGUAGAAGAGUUUUUUAGUAUCAGCAGAACAACUUUUGUACAGCAGAGAGAAAAUAGACAUCGAUUACAUAUUGUUAUAGCGUUCUAUGCGACUCGUAAGGUUCCACUCGUACUAUCUUCUCGAACAACUUUAGAAAAAUAAAUUUAAGAGAUUGUGGUACCGAAAGUUUAACGCGCGCGUACAGCCCCGACGUUCCCCCUUCACCGUUUGCUAGAAAUAUUGAGAAUCGGAACGGCUCGGUGAUGCAGUGUACAUACACUCUACAAUGCAAACAUUCCCGAAUCCCCCGGUUUCGGAGCAAGAAGAGAACAUUGUUUUUGUGCGUAUUUUUCAAUAAAUAUAACAUUUAUUACAACAAGAAUUAAGAAGUUUUUGGUUUGCCACAUAAUUAAAUAUACGUUUGCUUCGCCUAGCCUAACCGACAAUGCCCAGUGUGUUGGUGUGUUUGUGUGUGUGUCCGUGUACGUGUGUGUGUGCGGAUGUGUAUGUGUGAUUGUUUGUAUGUUUUUUUUGCACAUUUUGUGGUAUCAUCCAAGCGAGAGGAGAGCUUCGCUGUGUAUGUGUGUAUUUUAGGCGAAAGUUUUCUGAUCGGUUUCGAGCCACCGAUCGAAACCCAACUUGGACCUUCUUCUCGUUUUUGUUUCCUUUACUUGCUAGCUUAGUUCCGUUGACCACUCGCCAAACUUACUGAUUUCAAUUUUUUUUUUUUUAUGUUUUAUGUACUAAAUUUGCCCAACGAGUUGUCCUUAUUCGGUUGCGCUGUGGUUGUUUGCCCAAUUAACGGCUGUUUUUCGUCCUUAUGAAAUUGACCCUUCUGUUGGCCCUGUGUUGAAUCCCGUUUUGCUGGGUUCUAAGAUUAAUUUAAUCCUCCAUGUAUCUGCUCCCCGGUUUCAGCCUCCUUUUGGCGGCCAUUUUUCCAAUCGAGUAAUUUCGUUACGUACCGGAUGGGGUUCUGGUUGGUUGGAAUUUUCGUUUCAAAUGUGACUGCCUGUUGUAACCGAACGGAACGAAAGAUUGACUGUAUUCGGUAUACAGGCUUCAAUGCCGGAAAGGGGCCCGAAAUGAUGGCGAUAAGCACGAGACGCAUCCAAGAAAUUAGCUCGAAACAGUUACUUUACGGCGGAUCGGGUGGUUUUUUGCUGUGUGGUG